AUGAAAAUUCUAGUGAUAUUGGCUGUUGUUAUUGCCGUUAAUACUUUAAAUACUAAAGAGGAGUGGAAUGGCGAUCCGUUAAUUUGUGAAUUAGAUUUAAAUCCCGAUCCAACACCACCUGGUAUUCAAUAUCCAACAUUUCCUGAUAAAGCUGAAUUUACUCUUGUGGAAACAGCUCACGCUAUCUCUUUUAAUCUCUCUCAAUUUCGACAAGUAAUGUUUCAAUAUUUUUAUGAUUAUUCUGCGAAUAAAAUGAUAAAGGUAACAAAUUUCAAUGGUAUCAUUACUCUUGAAUAUUUUUAUUACAACAGUUUGAAAACAGCAAUCUAUUCAAGUAAUCAAUUUUGUACUGUAAAGGAUAUUCCAGUCAAUUUACCAUCUGAUUCUUCUUCGGCAAUCAUGAUUGAUAAUGUAUAUCAUAUAAGACCAUUAGAACAAUUUCUAGCAUUUACCAUAACGAGUUUAAAUGGAACAUUGAUUAAACCAAAAUAUAUUGGAGAAGAUAAAAUUCGAGGUAUUCCUGUUGAUACAUGGAGAACGUGUGUUAUUGAUAAAACAACCUAUCGCACUACAAAAUAUGAUUGGUCAUUUGCUAAACCAAACUUUAACAUGCCUGGUGGUCAAAUACGAACAUCAUAUCCGGUGCAAGGACGCAGUCGUACAUCAAUAAUGGUAAAUGGAAGUCAUAUUGCUGAGGUUGAUGCGGUACUUAAUGUUUUUUCAUACAAACCAGGUAUUGUUGAACAAGCCGAUUAUUUUACACCACCCAAAGGUGUUUUAUGCCAUGGUUUAGUUAAAGACGAAGAUUUAGUUAGUCUAGAAGAUCAGGGAAUACAAUGGCCAAAUCUUUUCAGUGUUCGUAUAGGUGCCUCAACAUCAAAACAAAUGUUGUGGAGAAAUUUUCAUUUAAGAUAUAAUGCACAGAGAAAAAUAUUACGUUAUGAUUAUAAACCUAUUGGUAAUAAUUUACAAGAAGUUGUAAUUGACCAUGAAACUCAACAUAAAUAUACAAUUGAUCGUACAACGGGUGCAUGUCAAAUAACAAAAAAUUUAGAAUAUGAUAAUGUUGAUGUUCUUAAAAAUCCAAUUGAAUUUUUUUUUAAAUUUCAAAAUUACUUUUUGAAUUCACCAAAAAAUGCUUUUCAAUUUGUUGGUAUUCGAAAUUGUCGUAAUAGUAUCCAAUGUAUAAUAUUCGCAAUAUCUGAAGGUCAAUUUCCACCAGAUACAAGUGAAAGUUGGAUAAAAACAAAUUUAGAAUGGGCAUGGUCAAAACGAGAAUCGAAUUCUAUUUCUCCAACAGGCAAAUAUCUAUUUGACUAUCCUGUUCAUCUAUAUUUAAAAUUGUAUCGAAAAACAGAUGAUGAUCAACCAGUUGUAGAAAAUAUUCAAUAUGAAUUUUAUGAAUUUAAUCAAGAUGUACAUGAAAAUGAAUUUGAUGUUAGCGUAUGCUAUCGAUCAAAUGAUUUACUUUAUAAACAUGUUGCAUUUCAAUUGAAAAUGAAUCGACCAAUAUCAUCAACAUUGGAAGAUGUUCAUCUCGAUAGGCGUGUAUUAUUAAAUAAUAUGGUUAAUCAAUUAACAUCUACUAUGGAUAUCAGUCGACAACGUGUAUCAAAUUUAGAAAUUGAUCAUAAUAAACAAAAUGAUACUCUUUAUUGUAUUUUUACUAUCUUAGAUCGACCACCGUUAAAUAAUCCGGCUGAUGCGAUUAGUGUUCUUGAUGCACGAGAUAGAUUAAAACAAGGAAUUGAUGGAGGUUUAUUUAAAUUUGAAAUUAGUGAUGGUCUUGGUGAUACAUUUAUAGUUAGUGCUAUUGAAGGAACAUUAGAAGAUUUAAAACAUUUAUAUUUAUUUGAUUCAAAUGUACAAAUAAAUAAUAUAACUGUGUUUAUAAAUACAACAAUUAAUAUUAAUAAUACAGUGAUAGUUUAUAAAGAAGAAAUUCGAGAAAAAACUGUAUUAUAUCAAAAAGGAUCACAGCCUGGAGCGAUUGUUGGCGGCUUAGCAGUCGGUCUGGUUUUUGGAAUAUUAACUUUAUUGAUUAUAUAUCAAAUAAUAAUUAGAAGACAAUCGGCAGGUAAAGAGGGAGGAUCAGGAUUUCCAAAUAUAAGUUAUCGCGGAAAAAAAACAGAAGAACCAACAUUAACGAUGGAUGUACCAAUUAGCUCAGAUGCAUAA